CUCUGCCCAAGUGUCUCCCACGUUACCUCGAGAUAACGCAGCUAAACAACUAGCCACAGGGUGCAUUUUCAUCAAGUGCCAAUCUCAUUCUUUAAAUCACCAUGAAUCCCGCCAUGUUGUUCAUCAGCACUCUCAUUACCGCGGCCAUCUCAAUCCCCACCGCCCUCUUCUUCACCGGCAGGUUUGGCAAUUUGGCGAACCCCGGCGCGCCAAUCGCCUACACCUGAACCUCCUCUUGCAGCUCGGGGCUUCUCCUAGCCAUAUCAAAAACACCCCGCCCCCUUCACGACUAUCGAUAUCGAUUUCUGCCGCCAUGACUGAACAGCAAGCAGGCCCCCCUUCUGUGCUCGCCACCCACACCAUCGAUCCUAGCCAACAAGAAAUCUCGCACCCGCCAAAGUCAUACACGUAUUACCAUGCCGGCCCGUUGUUCACCAUCGCCGAACUCCACACAAACGCCCUUCUCGCCCAAGCGGUGCAAAAGUGCUCCGCGGGAAAAUUCAUCCCCGUCUUGCCCCAGGAUCUGGAACAGCGGGACCUGAGCCCUCAUUCCAUCCGGGACGAGGACCUUCGCGCCCUGCUCUCCUGCGACAUGGCCAUGUUCACCUACGACGGAACCGAGCUCGACGCCGGCACGGUCGUCGAGUACAUGGUCGCCAAGAUGGCCGACAUCCCCGCCGUCGUGCUGCGGACGGACUUCCGAGGGGCGGGCGACCAGGCAGAGACGGGCGACGCGUGGAAUCUGAUGACCUCCAAUUGGCCGAGGACGGCGGGUGUGAGUGUGCAUGCGAUGGUGGGUUACAAGACCAGUCUCCAGAGGGCACAGGCCGGGGUGGAAGGGACUCUGGGGAGGACGGUCGGUGAGUACAUGAUCGAGGAUGUCGCCCAGAAGGUCGUGGAUGCUUUUGAGAAGGUGUUGAAGGAGCCCCCGAGAAUGCCGAAGGAGUUGAGAGAAAGUGUGUAUCAGUGGUUGGCCUUGAUGCCCGGCUUCAAGAACGGAGGCGAUCAGCAUAAUGCGGAGGUGCUCGCGAAGCUGUGCAAAGAGAAGCAAUCUAGAGGCUUGCUAUGAAGUACCAAACUAGAAUACUAAUAGACCAGUCAUUGCGAGGUCCACGAUGAAGUGGAAAGAAUUUUUUGAGCAGUCUCCGGCAAUCCUUCACUAAGUGACGCCGUGGUCUUAUGUACUUACUGUCCCAAACGAGCCGUGCAUAUGGCAAGAUAGCUAGACAGAAGUCCCGAAGCCUUGCGCACAGGGGACGCAGGGGAAAAAGGAGAGCAGUC